AUGACUUCCAGGAGGGAUCCCCAACCAGACAGCGCAAGCGAGGUCUCUUCCACCUCGGAUCCGCUGGACACGAGAAACGAUGAAGGGUGGGAGGAUGUCGAGAACGACGAGGAGACCGUUGCAGUCACUUCGCUCUUUGACGAACAGGCAUUCCCAAGCGCGCAGGCCAUGCUUGCGUACUGCCGGGACAGCCACGGCUUCGACAUUUGGAAACUAAGGCAAGAGUUCGCUCUUGACUACCUGGGCCUAGUCCGACUGGUCAACUACAUUCGCUCACAGGUCAAGGCUGGCAAUUUGCAUCCUGAUGUCUCCUCCAAAUCGUGCUUUGAAGACGAAACCUAUCUCAAACCAGCCCUAGAGGAUGAUGCGCUGUUGUACAGCUUAGAUGAUGUCUUUGAGGAGAGCGCCAACCCGGCUCCGAUUGCUGAAGUCGAACAACUUCGGGAACAGCUGGCAUCUCUGCAAGCUCAGUUUUCGGCUUACCGAGAGCAGGUGCAGGAUGCCAUGCUCGCUCAACUCGAACAGUCGCCGUCCAGCAAAGGCGAAACAGCGAGCCCAAGUGCGCCGAGACAGCCGCCGACCCGGGCCGAGGAUCUUGACACUGGUUACUUCCAGUCUUACUCGUACAAUGCAAUUCACGAGUCCAUGAUCAAAGACCGUGUCAGAACGGACGCCUAUCGCGAUUUCAUCUACGACCACAAACACCUGUUCAAAGAUAAGGUGGUUCUAGAUGUUGGCUGCGGUACCGCCAUCCUGUCAAUGUUCUGCGCAAGAGCCGGCGCAAAGCUUGUUCUCGCGGUAGACAACUCAGAUAUCAUCGACAAAGCACGUGAGAACGUCUUCAAGAACGGUCUUCAGGACGUCGUCAAAUGUCUCAGGGGCAAAAUCGAAGAAAUCACCCUUCCGGUUCCAAAGGUUGAUGUUGUCGUGUCCGAAUGGAUGGGUUACUGCCUCCUCUACGAGUCUAUGCUGGACUCAGUAAUCUACGCACGAGACACAUAUCUGGCUCCGGAUGGUCUUAUGGUCCCCUCGCAUGCCAGUUUGCGGAUCGCUCCUCUUGCAGACUCGGAUCUGAAGGCCUCGCACAUCGAUUUCUGGCGGGACGUGUACGGAUUCGACAUGACCGCUAUGCUGGAACGAGCGCACGAGGAAGUGCUGGUGCGGGUAGCGGAUGAGCAAGAGUUAGCUUCGGAAAGCUUUCCAUUCCUCGAACUCGAUUUGCAUCGGACAAAGGUGGACGAUCUGACUUUCACGAAACCCUUCAAAGCGACAUGGAGGGAGGGGUUCAAACUUCUUGAAGGCUUUGUUAUCUGGUUCGACAUCAUCUUCGGCACAUCACGGACACAAAACGUCACUGCCGGGCUGACGGCCGCAGAAGCGAAGAAGGCGGGUCUCAUCUCGUUUUCGACGGGUCCACAUUCGGAAGCCACGCAUUGGCAGCAGGGGAUAUUCUUGAUCAAGGAUCCCGCGGACGAGUUCGGCGCUGGUGAUAAAGUCGCAGGAGAGGUGAAAUACUUGAAGAAGCAAGGUCAGGAGCGAUCCAUUGACAUCGAAAUCUCCUGGGCAAAGUCAGAUGGCGCGAAGGACCAAGUAAAGAAGCAGAUGUGGGUCGUCGAUUGA